GUUUCGUCCCCAGGACAAAGUCAAAUCUACAGGAUGGCACCCCCUGUCGUAGUAGACCCACCAAAUGAUGGAAACCCAGAGGACCCUCCAAACCCAGAGGACCCUGCAAACCCUGUCGUGGUAGACCCACCAAAUGGUGGAAACCCAGAGGACCCUCCAAACCCAGAAAUCCCUCCAGUCCCUCCCGUAGCACAGCCACAGGCACCGCGCACAGUGCCCAAACUGAAGUGUAUUUUCUCGGGGGAAGGGUCUGUAGAAUGGGAGGAAUUUGAGGAGAAAAUAGAGAAUGAGAGGCAGUAUGGGUCUUGGGGAGACGCACUCACCAUGGCCGUGAUACGCAGUCACUUGACCGGGGGGGGGGGGCCCUGCAAACAUUGAGGGGGGGCUCCCGCUACAGAAAUCAACAAUCCGAAGAAGCUGCUCGACUACCUCAGGGGCAUAUAUGCCCGGCCGUCAGACCCAACACAUUACGAGGGGGAGCUUAAUAUGAUGCGUCGCAAACCGGGGAAACGCUGCAACAGUUUGAGAUACGGCUCAUACAUGUCGUCUCGCGUGUUCACCCGGGGACCCCUGUAGCUUUCAGAGAUCGGCUGGCGAAGCAAAUCUUUAUGGACAGGUUGGGUGACCCCCAGCUGGCAUUAGAGGUAAAGAAGGCCCGUCCGAACACUCUCCACGAUGCGCGUGUCGAAGCCCAGUUCCUAGAAGACAUUCAGGGAAACGCGCAUGGCCGUCAUGUUAGGCAAUACGGCACAUCUGAUGACAAACAGGAUACUAGUAGCUUGGUCGAUCUCGUGACAGCCACGCAAAAACAAUUGGUGGACAUGCAACGCGCACACCAGGAGCAGAUAACUGCUCUAUGUACUCAGUUCACCCAAGCCAUUAACGGCAUCGCAAAGUCAAGAGGCCAAGGCUCGCAGGCUGGGGACGCCCCCGUGAGAACACCCCAGACGCACCCAUGUUCCAUUUGUCAGCAACUUGGACACUGGGCAGGGAAGUGUCCUCUGAAUGCAAAAAAUGCCACGAAGGGCAAACCAAAACAACAGGGACGCGGGAAGCCUUCCCCACAGACUCACCCUUGUUCAGUAUGCAACGAACUUGGCCACUGGCGGGCAGAAUGCCCCUAUCAGGGAAACGGUUUCGGCAGUGCCUAAAGGGUCGGGGGCACCGCCGUACGGUUAAGUCUAAGGCCCAUGAGCAGACCAUUAGUAGCCCGAAGGUUAACACAUGGGGAUCGCUGGGUAGUUUUAUGAUGAGAACAACUGUCCGCGACACUGCAUGUGAGGUCUUGGUUGAUUCAGGUGCAGAUGUAUCUCUGAUCUCCAAGGCGAAACUUCGGGAGAUUUAUGGUGGUAAACUACCUGUUCUCUCUCAGUAUGGAGGGGAACCGAUAAGAGCAGUGUCAGGAACAGAGCUAGAUAUUGUCGGUGUAAUAACCCUCUCUUUAAGGAUUGGCGAACAUGACUUUCCGACCCAGUUUGUUGUUGGCGAAAGCACUAGCACCCCCUGUAUUGUUGGCACAGACUUUCUGACCCAUUAUGAGUGCGACUUAAGUUUCCAGACAAAGGAAUUAACAAUUAGGAAGGAGUCUAUCGAAGCGACUGUACCGCUUGUUAGGCAAGGUGGUCACUUUGUACGGAGGGUAGUGACAAGCCGCCCGAUAUUUGUGGAGGGUCUUACGUCGGUAUUGGCAGAGGGUAAGGUUGUUACCAGGAAGGGGGAGCUAGCUAAUGACGGUAUCGUAGAACCCGUAGGAUCCUUGGGGCGGUUCGGGUUGAAGGGGGAGUUAGUGGCGGACAACGUUAGUAACGGGAGGGCUCGUACGCUGUUAGUAAACGAAAACAACGAACCAGUGGUGAUCCCUAAGGGAGUAGUAAUUGGUCUCCUCCACCCCCUGCCGAAUUGUCCUGCCUCGACAGGCAAAAAGAGGGAGAAUGUCGGCCAUGUUGUGUCAAAUCUUUCAUGUAGCAAGACAGGGGCUCCCAUGCCUGCACCUGAGACAGAAGCGCGGGUGAGAACAGGUAUCCCUGUCAGGGAAGAGAUGAUGGCACUAUUUGACCUGUCCCAUAUUGAGGAUGAAGAUGACAAAGAGAAGUUGUUGGACCUGCUAGUCAAGUACGAGGAUAUUGUGUCACGCAGUGAAUUGGAUGUGGGCGUGACCCACAAGUUGUCCCACACGAUUAACACUGGUGACGCAUGUCCCCUCCGCCAGGGACCCCGGCGUGAAUCUCCGGAACGAAAGGAAAUAAUCAGGAAAGAGCUAGCCAAGCUUCUUUCCUUGGGGUUUAUUGAAGAAUCCGAGUCCCCGUGGGGCGCCCCAGUUGUUUUAGUGAAUAAGAAAGAUGGGACAAAAAGACUUUGUAUUGACUAUAGAGGGUGAAAUGAGGUCACGAAAAAGUCCUCCUGGCCUCUGCCCCGCAUAGACGACGUGCUAGAUGCCCUGUCAGAUUCAGAGCUAUUUAGUGUCAUUGAUCUUCGGUCCGGAUAUUGGCAGAUACCAAUGGAACAGUCAUCCAUUGAAAAGACAGCUUUUACCACGGGAUUUAGCGCGUUUCAGUUCAAAGUUCUCAGUUUCGGGUUAUGCAACGCCCCGUCCACAUUUGCCCGGCUGAUGGAAACGGUCUUAAGAGGGUUGCAACCAAAUACAUGCCUAGCCUACCUAGAUGACAACAUCGUGCAUUCAGGUAAUAACACGUCAGACCACCUGAGUAGGUUGGAAGCCGUUUUCCUUAGGUACCGGGAAGCCAAUUUGAAGGUGAACCCCAAAAAAUGUAUGUUCUUGGUGAAACAGGUGGAGUUUCUUGGUCAUAUCAUUUCGGGAGAAGGGAUCCGGACGGACCCGUCUAAAAUCUCGGCUGUCAGGGACUGGCCGGUUCCGCGCAAUGUCAAGGACAUACAGAAGUUUCUAGGGUUUGCUAACUAUUACCGUAAGUUUUGCAAAGGUUUCGCCGAGAAAGCUAGGCCUCUGACAAACUUAACUAAGAAGUGAGUAAAGUUCAGCUGGGACGACGAGUGCCAAAGAGCUUUCCAGACUCUAAAGGAAAUGUUAACCUCAUCUCCGGUGUUGUCUUACCCCGACUUUAGUAUCCCGUUCCUUGUAGACUCUGAUGCUUCUGAUACUGGCAUUGGCGGUGUGCUAAGCCAAGAACACGAGGGUCAAGAACGAGUUGCCCUGUAUUACAGUAGGACUUUGUCUAAAGAGGAACAGAACUACUGCACGCACCGCAAAGAAAUGCUAGCUGCAGUUGAGAUGAUAACUCGCCAUGAAUGUUAUCUCCUAGGAGACAAGUUCACACUCAGGACAGACCACUCGGCUCUCCAAUUCCUGCGCAAAAUGAAACAGCCGACAGGGCAGUAUGCCCGUUGGUUGGCCAAGUUAGCCGCAUUCGACUAUGAUAUAGUCCACAGAGCAGGGGUCAAACAUGGGAAUGCGGACGGGUUGAGCCGUCGCCCUUGUGGCUUGUGUCUUGAACAAAAGGGUGGAGUGCCCUCCAGUAGCACUUCUCAAGAUCAGAUCCCAAACUGGGAAAGUUCAGGCUACACUGUACUCUAUAACCCCCCCAGCUGAUGGUAAUUGCCAGUUUAGUGCUCUAGCUGACCAGCUGCGCAGGUUCGACAUUGUGCCCGACGCCACGGCACAAUCUCUGCGGGAUUUGGCCGUUUCCUACUUACGUCAACACCCAUGUUGGCCGGAAACGCCAGGUGACCCACUAUCAAACUUCCUGGUGACGAGUGAGUUCCACACCUGGGAAGAGUACUUGUCUGAGUUAGCUCGUAAUGGGAAGGUCUGGGGGGACCAUAUGACCCUGGAGGCCCUAUCGCGCGUGUUCGGGGUCGGCGUACGUGUAGUCAAGGUAACGAAUGCGGUGACGGCAGAACCGAUGGAGAUCUGGCCAGGGCACGAGUCUCCACGUGCUUGGGUCCUUCUGGGCCUUUUCGAUGACAAACAUUACGUAUCCCUAAGGGGCCCUGUCAUAAACACUCUGCGAUCGUCGCGGAGUCAGGAUUCCUGGUUGGCUGAUGUAGGGUCAGCGGACAUGAGUGCCGCCCAACUUAGUGACCCUACCAUAGGUUCCGUUCUCACGGAUAAAUUAGCAGGCGUCGAAAGACCAGAUAAGUCCUCAGUCAACAACGCCAGCCGCCACACCUUGGAGUUGUAUAAAAACUGGGAUCUGCUAGAAGUCGUGGAUAACGUUCUGUAUAGGGCUUGGCCCGGGGACGACGGUCAAAUAAGAAAACAUCUCGUAGUCCCCAGGGUGUUCAUUGCCAAGGUCCUAACUUCUGUUCACGAUAACCCAGCGGGCGGUCAUCACGGCAUCGACAAAACAAAAGAAAAACUGGUUAGGAAUUUCUAUUGGCCAGGACUGACCAAAGAUGUAGUUGUCCACGUCACGUGCUGUGACACGUGUGCUAGGACGAAGGCAGGGAGGCGGAAGCCUCGGGCACCACUACAACCCAGUGCAGUGGGCUAUCCCAAUAAACGAAUAGCGAUCGAUGUAGUGGGCCCCCUCCCUAAAACUUCAUUGGGGAAUAAGUAUGUCUUAGUCCUGUCCGACUAUUUCAGUAAAUGGGUCGAAGUCUUUCCCAUGCCUGACGAAACCGCGCCUACCGUGGCCCGAAAAAUCUUCGAGGGGUGGGUAUGCGUCCAUGGGCCCCCUGAACGUAUUCAUACGGACCAGGGUCGUAACUUUGAAUCGAAUCUCAUUGCCGAGCUGUGCAAGUGAAGAUAGGGAAAACAAGGACGACCCCCUAUCAUCCGCAGUCCGACGGCAUGGUAGAACGUUUUAAUAGAACUCUGGGCAACAUACUGAGGGCGUAUGUGAGCGAAGGCCAAAGGGACUGGGACACCCACCUGCCGAUGGUGAAAUUCGCCUUCAACACGAGUGAACAUUCCACUACCAAAUUCACUCCAUAUUUUGUCAUGCAUGGGCGUGAGGCCCGUCUGCCUGUGGAACUUAUGUUUGGCAUUCCGUCUGCCACAGCCACCCCUGUACAAGAGUAUGUGCGGGACAUGGUGGAACAGUUUCCUAGGAUAUUCAAACUGGUGUCAGACCACACCAAGAAGGCGACCAGAAGGCAGAAGGAACUGUUUGAUAAGAAGGUCUAUGGGCUCCCUUUCAAGAAGGCGACAAAGUCCUAGUAGCCAGGAAAGCAGUGGGCCAAGGUCUAAGUAGGAAGCUCAGUCGCCGGUUUGACGGUCCCUUCAUUGUUGUUAAAAGGGUCGGUGGCAACACAUACCGAAUCCGUAAACCUAGGUCUUCCUACAGUAAAAUUGUUCACUUUGAAAAUGUUGUGCCCUAUAAGGAGCAGGAGGAGGAUCCUGCUUAUGUUCCUCCUCUCCCACAAAGGGCUAGACGCUAUGUACUAACCCCGGGGACUCGAGCCAGACGGCAGGCAGUCCGCCGGCGCGGGGGUCGUGUACCCCCACCUCUUGUCGAUUCAGGAGACGGCAGUCAGUCAGACAGUGGGGACGACGUCGACCCCAUGGAGGCUACCGGCCAACUGACUGGUGCCAGGUCGGUGGGUGAUGGCAGGGACCCGCCGGACGCUGAGCAAGCUGGAGGUUCCCUCCAGCCAGACAACGUCAACAGAGAUGAUGUCGCCCAGCAGUCAGUUCCUACCAGGACAGACGACGAUGCAACAGGUGUCCUGGAUCCGGCAGACAACGCAGAGGCAUCCGACGAGGAAGCGCUCCAGCAACCUGAACAUCCCGUCCCAUCAGACGCAUCUGGCAGCGAGGACGAAGACAACGCCCCCGCUCAACGACAGUCAAGUCGCACCCGUCACCCACCAGACCGUUAUGGUUUCUAUGUGAACACUGUGAACUCUUGUCCUGUUACAAACGACAUGUCUGUACGUGACGUACACCCAGCGAAGGCGCUGAGUAUUGUAGACCAGUCUAAUAUUGUUAAGGUCGCACAAAGGUCAGGCAACAUAGAGAAGUGUCCCGAUAUGGCAAAACAGGUGACUUUGCCAUCUACUCAGGGUCGGCGGGGCAUAGGUAAGGAGAAAAAGGCAUCAGACACGUCCGUGAGGUCACCACUGGGCAGCAUUAUUCGUUCCUUCAGGAACUGGUUUAAGUAAGGAAAUGGCGGUUCGGGGUCACGACAUAAUUGUCACGUCUGUCUUGUAUGUCAUGUGUUCUUGGUUCAUGGGAGAACCGAUCAAACUGCAAUGUAUAGAGUGCGCGUUCGAGUAUCUGUAAGCCCUUCCAUAGAAAGCAAUGACGUGUGUUCAUUGUGCCGGCACGGUCAAUCGGCCGUGGCGGGGCGGAGUAAGGCCGAUCCUAGUAGCGACAAGCUAGCUAGGGAGAGGUAAAUGGGCUCGGAGCGCGGUGACGUUAGACCCCCCUCUCCUAGAGGUCUCCGCUCUAAAAGUUGGGCUGAGGCCGUGGAAUACGGUACUCAACAGGCUGUCGCCACUCAGGGGUUACUAUACUGUCAGUAUCCGCCAUUUCCCGGGGAGAAACAAGGUGAUAUAUAUACUUAUGGUGGGUAGCCAUGAAGAUUUGCUGAACCACACCUCACAACGUACGUGCUCUGUGCUGGAAACUCCGGCAUGUGUCACACUGCCCUCAGUUCUUCGUAGAGUCACAACCCAACUAUGGGACCUGUUUACACGAAAUCUGUGUGCCAUGGUGACACUUUACUCAAUGCCUGAGCCAGUUGUGUAUUGUAACUUGUUUAUGUUGUAUAGUUUCCUUUACGAUAAUGAGUCUGUAGUCUCAGUGUAUCGACAUGUGAUAAAGAACAAUCGAGUCUUAAUUAUGUCAAUCAGGUGUGAAUCCAUGAUGACUACCAGACAUGGUGCCCGAUUACACAUGUGCUAUUGACUAUAGUAUAGAAAGUAGAAGAAGAACUUUGUUGACUUUGAAAUACUUAUACUUAGGUGCCCAAGUGGACAUUUAAUCAUGUAUUUUGUGCUCUAUUGUUGAAGAUGUGACAAGGUGCGGGAGCACCUUUUCUUUUGUAGGAGGGGGGUAGAUGUAACAAUGGUAUAUUUGGCCGUUUUAGGAAUAUUGUUCAUUUGUUGAUACUGUCACUGUGUACAUGUAGGUGACAGUAGUAUAUGUAUAACAGUCGUAUUCUUCUUGUGUAACCUUUUCUAGUAGUUCCCACCGCAGGUGUAACUGUCCUGGGUUUACUUGACCUAGAAAUGUCUAUCCAGUGUUUUAACAAUUAUGCAUGCCAAGAGUUCAUGUCUUAGCUCCGUUACGGUAAUUACAAAGCCAUGGGAAAGGAGAGAUAUAGACGGCUGCUUAAACAGACUGGAGUCAGUCUGUUCGAGUUGGCCAGUCAGUGUAUUUGCGAGACCAAGAAGUGCAGUCAGUCUGUGGAAGGAAGUCUGUCCGUCUGUUUGUGCUCGACUGGCCAAGUAAGUCAUAGUUAUUGUAUACACAACGCAAUGUCCUAAUGUAUUAGUGCCUUAACGGCUUACAACAAUUGUUGAUGGUGUAACGGUUAUAGUGUAGUAUCUGUCUUGACUUGUUUGUCGUGAUAAUAAAC